AUGUAUGAAUUUAAUAAAUAUUCUAAUGCAUAUUUAUAUGCCUCAUCCAAAACACCCGCAGAUAUAGAUUUCUCAAGAGUUGAUAAAUCAUUAUGUUCUGGUUUACUCGCUUGCAAAGAUUUUUUACCUUUUGAUGGUUUUCUUAACGUUCCUCCUACAGGUGUCGCAACAAUUACAUUUUAUUAUGGAUUAGUUAUCUUUCCAGAUGCUGAAAACUUUAUUAACGAAAAUGGUGAUAAAUUAGAAAUUCAUAAUCAAUUAUUGAUGGAACAAACCUUUAAAAUAAAGAGAAAUCCAAAUAGAGUUUAUGAUCAUAAUCAACUCUAUUAUGUUUACAUUCCAUUAUGGAACAAGAUAUUGUCAGCUGCGCUCGUUGUUAAUUAUUAUUCCGAAAAGUAUAAUGAUUAUUUAUCAGCUAAAAGUGGAUCCAUUUCAGCCAAAACCAUUAUUUUUGUGAAUUCCCUAAUGAGUACAAUGAAAUCUACAACAAAGUUUAGAAUUAUCGGAAAUUACAUCUCAGAAAAAUCCAGUUCAGAAGCUAUUAAUGAAAUACCAAAAAUGCGAUAUGCUGUUAUCGCACCAACACGUUAUAUUUAUGCUGGUGAUAAGAUUUUUAUCAACAGUUAUUACAAAGAUUCGCCAAUCCAUGAAUAUAACUACUUUUCUAAAAAUAAUUGGUAUGAUAACGAUUUUGUAAAUAUAUCCGCUAAUUCAGUUUCCGAGUUUACAUUUCAUGAUGUUGAAUAUCCAAAAAUAGGUAAAUUUGAUGUAAGAUUGACCUCAGAGAAUAAAGUAUUUCAGAUCGAAGAAGGAACAUCUGUCUCGUUAUAUUCAGAAGAUUUCAAAGGUGUUUUGGCCAUUGCAAAAACUGAAGGUAAAGAAAAGGAUCUUCUGAAAUAUGGAAUUAUGAAUGUCGAUUUUAAGGGAAGUGGACAACUUUUAUUAAGCUAUAAUGGAGCAUAUAGUUCCAAGACCAUUACAAUCAAUAUGUACAAGAAACCAAAAGAAGUUUGCGAAGAAGUUAUUGUAUUCGGAUCGUCAUCGAUUUCAUUUACAACAAAGGGAAUUCCUUCAGAAAAUAUGGUAAAAAUACCAAAAGAUUCACCAGUCUGCUUAUAUAUUUUCUUCUCCUAUGGAGGAACAAAAAUCCAAAUUCUCGAUUUAGAUAGUUUUGCCCUUACUCUUUCGAGAAUAUUUGAAACCUUUUCUUCAAAAGUUACUCUGUCCACAGAAAACACUUAUGAUGAGCCAAUGAUGAUUCGCAUACAACAUCCUGAUAAUGAUGAAGAAAAAACAUUCACAAUCAAUAUAGAAAAUCCUUAUUCCGUUGAAAAAUCAUAUAUUCUAUCAGCUAAUAGUACUUACAAGUCUGCUUCAUCAUCUGAAUUAGAUAAGUACGUAAUACCAUUGGAAGAAGAAACUAAGAAAGAUGAGGAAGAACCUAAGAAAGAUGAGGAAGAAGUCAAUAAUUCUAGUCCAAGUUUAAGUACGCCAACAAAUGCUCCAACAAAUGACAUGAUUCAAGAAACACCAUCUAAUAACAAAGGCAAAACAAUUGGUAUAGCUGUAGGCGUUGUCGCAGCCACAUUAGUCAUUGCAGCUGCCAUUGUAGUAGGAUUUAUUCUUUUAAAGAAGAAACAAGAAGGAAAUACUCAAAAUGAUGAAGAAAUUAAUUCGGAUGAGAAUAAAUCCGAAAACGAAAUGGACAUAUAA